CUCAGGAGACAGUGUGAACAGCUGGUACUGCCUGGGCAGUGUGCACCCCUGUGCAGGGCUCUUGGCAGCUGGAGACCCCUCGGCACUGCCCGCAGCCAGCGGGAUGAUGGGCUGGAUUGACCGGGUGGUCCCACAGCCCCCCGUGCCCCGUGUGACAGAGGAGACCCCGGUGCAGGAGCUGGAGCCUGCCAAGGCACCAACAGGAAAGGCUGCUGGCCCCACACACGAUGCUGACCAGGCCCGCACUGAGGAAACGGAAAAGAAAGUGACUUUUGUGGUCUCUGAGGACUCGGGCUCUGUGUUUGACAGUGUGGGGAGCAGUGUGCUCUCCUGGCUCUCCUAUGGGCUGGAGAAGGUGAUUCCCCAGCCAGCCCCACCCCCGGGGCUGCAGGCACUCGGGAGGAGCUUCGAGACAAGCAUCGACAUUGCUGAUGAGACAGAGGUCCAGGUCCUUGGGGAUGAGGACGACGAUGGUCUGGAGAUAACUCCCUUCGAUCCCGAGGAGGACGUGUCCGAGGGCGAGGAGGCCGCCCCGGAGCAGUGGGCAGGAAAGCGAGUGCUCAGCUGGCUGUCCCAGGGCUUCGAGAGGAUUCUGCCGCAGCCAGAGGGGAUGAAAAAGCCGGAGACAGAGCUGAAGGAGAAGAGCGAAGGCGCGGUGGAAGGCACAAAAGAGACUAAAACCCAGGCGAAGCCAAAACCCAGCAGUUCAGCCGCACAGAACGUCCCAGCGGCAGAGAAGGGGCAGCCGGAGGCGGUGACCGCCCUGAGCCCUCGGUCCGUGGUUGGGGACAGUAGCAGGAUGUUCAGCUGGUUUGUCCAGGGGCUGGAGAAGGUGAUGCCACAGCCGGUGACCAGGGAGAAGCAGGACACACAGGGAGCGGCCACAGCAACCUCGACUCCUGUGGAACAAAUUCAUGUAGCCCCUGGGGAACAGGAAACCCAUCCUGUCCUGGAAGAGGAGGAUGAUGAGCAGAUUGUUGAAGAGAUGGCAGCCUGGGCUCACCAGGCUGAGCUGGAGGCUCGUUCCCUUCCCACCAUACAGGAGGAGCCUCAGGAAGAAGAACACAGACUAUGCUUGUGCUCUCCAAACACUACCAAGGGGGAAGAGGAAAAAGAGGAGGAGGAGAAGGAGGAGGAGAAGAAAAAGAAGAGCAUGGCCAGGCGGGCCUGGGACGUCGAGCUGGACCGGCUGGUGCAUGAGAAGCCGCUGGCUGGCAGGGACCGCUCCCCUCCCGCCCGCGGGGCUCUAGAGCAGCUCCCCAAUGUCCCCAGCUACCGAGCUGCCACCCGCACCCCUGUCCUUGUCAGCACGCCCAAGGCUGGAGUUGUCAACCCCAACUUUUGCACUGAGGAGCAAUCCCCACUAGGUAAUUGCCCCACGGUGGAGAUCAAGGAUGUGGACAGUGCUGUGGAGAUCCAUGGUGGCCAUGUGCUGGUGCCCCCUGCUCCCAACCUGCUGGCAGUGCCCGGUGCAGCAUCCCCCAGGAGGAAGCGACUGCUCCCAGAGGAUGGACUGGACAAGGGGCUGAGCCAAUCCCCCAGCCAGGUGCUGGGAUGGGAGGAGGAGCAGAAGGAAAGGCUGCCCGAGCGCAUGGGCUCGGCCACGAGCCUGAGCAGCGCUGUCAUCAACACCCGGCUGCAGGAGCUGGUGAGGCUCUUCAAGGAGAGGACUGAGAAGGUGAAGGAGAAGCUGAUUGACUCUGAUGUCACCUCAGAUGAUGAGAGCCCUGUGGCAUCUCCCACCAAGCCAGCACCUGCAGCAGCACCGCUGCCUGCCCCAGGAGGGGAGCAGGAGGGGGACAAACCUUCGAGGGAUGACCAUUACUGUGAGAUGCUGUGCUGCACAUUCAAGCGCCAGCCCUGGCUGGACCGCCUGAAAAGCUACAAAUUCCCCAGCAGCAUCGACCCCCUGACCAAUCUGAUGUACGUGCUGUGGCUGUUCUUCGUUGUCAUGGCCUGGAACUGGAACUGCUGGCUGAUUCCUGUCCGCUGGGCUUUCCCCUACCAGACUGCAGCAAACAUCCACUGCUGGCUGCUGGUGGACUACCUGUGUGACCUCAUUUACCUGCUGGACAUCCUCAUCUUUCAGACCCGGCUGCAGUUCGUGCAGGGAGGAGACAUCAUCACUGACAAAAAGGCCAUGAAAGAAAAUUACCUGCGAUCACAACGCUUCAAGAUGGAUGUGCUGUGCCUCCUGCCCUUGGAUUUCUUCUACUUCAAAGUGGGUGUGAACCCCCUCCUGCGCUUCCCUCGCUGUCUGAAGUACAUGGCUUUCUUUGAGUUCAACAAUCGCCUGGAGGCCAUCCUGACCAAGGCAUACAUCUACAGAGUGAUUCGGACCACAGCCUACCUACUGUACAGCCUGCAUGUGAACUCCUGCCUCUACUACUGGGCCUCAGCCUACGAGGGACUGGGCUCCACCACCUGGGUCUAUGAUGGGGAAGGAAACAGCUACAUCCGCUGUUACUACUGGGCAGUGAAAACCCUCAUCACCAUCGGGGGCCUGCCAGACCCCAAGACCCUGUUUGAGAUCGUCUUCCAGCUGCUCAACUACUUCACAGGGGUCUUUGCUUUCUCUGUCAUGAUAGGGCAGAUGAGAGAUGUGGUCGGUGCUGCCACUGCAGGGCAGACUUACUAUCGGAGCUGCAUGGACAGCACCAUUAAAUACAUGAACUUCUACAAGAUCCCCAGAGCUGUUCAGAACCGGGUGAAGACGUGGUACGAGUACACGUGGCACUCUCAGGGCAUGCUAGAUGAGUCAGAGCUGCUGGUGCAGCUGCCAGACAAGAUGAGGCUGGACAUCGCCAUCGACGUGAACUACAACAUCGUGAGCAAAGUGGCCCUUUUCCAGGGCUGUGACAGACAGAUGAUCUUCGACAUGCUGAAGCGGCUCAGAUCAGUGGUCUACCUGCCCAAUGACUACGUGUGCAAGAAGGGAGAAAUAGGCCGUGAGAUGUACAUCAUCCAGGCGGGACAAGUGCAGGUGCUGGGGGGACCCGACGGCAAAUCCGUGCUGGUCACUCUGAAAGCUGGCUCUGUCUUUGGGGAAAUCAGCUUGCUGGCAGCAGGAGGGGGAAAUCGCAGGACAGCAAAUGUCGUGGCCCACGGCUUUGCCAACCUUUUUAUUCUGGAGAAGAAGGACUUGAACGAGAUCUUGGUGCAUUACCCGGAGUCUCAGAAGCUGCUGCGUAAGAAAGCCAAGAAAAUGCUGAAAAGCAACAACAAACCCAAAGAAGAGAAAGGAGGCCCCGGAGACCCCCUGAUCAUCCCCCCCAGAGCUGAGACCCCCAAGCUGUUCAAGGCUGCCCUGGCUGCCACGGGCAGGAUGGGGGGCAAGGGGCCCCUGGGGCGGCUGCGCUGGAGGCUGAAGGAGCUCAGGGCCCUGCAGCAGGCUCAGGGUUCCAGUGUGAGCCCAACCCCACCAAAAUCACCAGUGCACCAGAGAUCGCCUGUCGCAUCCCGCAAAGCACAAACCCGCCUGGGAGAGGAAAUAUCCUCAGAAUCUUCUGAUCAUUCAGUCACCAUUCGUGUGAUUCCCACAGCAAAAGAAGAUGAGGAAAUUCUUGCUGCUGAGAUUUCAGAGAAAGAUGAAAAAAAAGAAGAGAAAUGAAACAGCAGCAGGUCCCGGGGCAGGCGUAGGAGUCAGGCAAAUGCUUGGGCUAGCAGAUUUUUGUUGUUAAUGAUUUCCAUGCAGUGCCUGUAGGUUUUGCUGUGGUUAGGAUCUGCCUCUGUCUUCUGCCCAGACCCUCAAUCACUGCUGAUAAAACCCUCUGCCAUUUGACCCAGAACCAAAUAAGGUUUCUAUGCUCUGCAGAUCUAUUGAGCACCUUUAUUAAUUUCCCACUAAAUCUCAGGUCAGCCCUCUUGCUUUGAAAUCCAGCCUUGUGGAGGGAGAGCCAUGGAAAAAUUGCUUUUUAUGGCUCUGGAUGGUUAAUGAGUGUUCAGACAAAGCAUGAAGAGUUAUUCACCUCUGACAGCUGAGUCACCGCUUGGCUAGAAACAACCGAGGGAAAAAAAACAACAAGGUUUCUCUGUUGGGCUCAAGGUUGACAGCAGCAGUGGGGAGUGAUUCAUCCAAAAAGGAUGUGGACUGUGCUCACAGGCCAAGCAUGGAGCAAAUCAAGCUGCCAUGAGAAUGCCAAGCUCUGUCCCCAAGUGCACAGAGUGCAGGAUGCUUUGCACCCUGCGUGGUGCCAAGACCACCUUGGCUUUGCCACUGGGAAGAAUUCUGGCCAAAUGUCCCCCCUCCAUUUCUCAGGGUUCUUAUGGAGAGAUUUGAUGAGUGUCUUUCAAGGAUAGAGAAGCACAAUCUGGAAUGAGAUGUUCCUGGAGUUCUUCUCCAGCCUUGGGAUUUUUCUGUGCUGCCACUACUGGGAGGGAUAAAAAGAGAGCAGGAGGGGAGAAGCUGAGCUGGUUCCCAGCUGGGAGGGGAAAGUAAGUGCAGUAAGUGCUCUCCUCUCCCACACAGUGUUUCAGAGUCAGCUCAGAGCCUGUAACAUGCCAACAAGUGUGCAUGAGCACGCAGGUGACCCCUGCCCUUGGUGACACCCACAUUUCCAAGAGGCAAUUUCCAGCUCUUCAGUCACUUCAGGCUGGCUCUUGGCCACAUUUCCCGUGGAGACAGAAGCCACUCUGGUACUGCUCCUCAUGGAAGUCCUGCAGUCCCUCUCCCAGCCGUGCUGGGACCAGGUGCUGGAGGGGAAGGCAAACAUCUGGUCUGCAUCCAGCACCCAGCUGAGGGCUCGAGGUGUCCCACAUGCUUCCAGCACCACCAGCUCCUUCCUCAGCUUCCUCAAAGCCAGCACCAAGCACAGCAAGCUGCUGCUGAGCUGAGAGGAGGUGAGAAGCAGUGCCUGAGAUGGUGCUGGAUGAGGUUUUGCAGAUCCUCCCCAAGCUUUUGGCUGUCUGUGCACCUCUCCAUGGAGAGGAGCCACUUUCCAUCCUCUGCAGGAAAAGCUGGGGCAGGUUUUGCUGCAGGGAGCAGCCCUGUCACCAUGGCCAGGGGAUUUCUCAGGUGUUCAGCAAAUGCUGUGAGCAGUGCUGCAGGUUCCACAGGUCUGGCUGUGACACAGCCAGGCUCUUGGUGAAGGGUGGCAGUGCUGGUGUCACCCCCUGGGGGAUCCCUGUUCCCAUCAGCAGCCCCGGGCUGACCUUCACCUCCUUUAGGAUCUUCUUUUGUUGCUUUUUUUCCCCUCUAUUGCAAAGUGUAUGGGUUUCUGUGGCAAAAGAAACCCAAACAAACAAACAAACAAGAAAUCAGAAAGCCAGAAUAGAUGUUAGCAUUAGUUAACAAUGUGUUGCUUUCUUUAUAAACAAAUUUAAUGAGCUCUACUACACUGUAGGAGGGUCUGAAGCCAUCACAAUUGCAGAGGAGAGUCUGCACUCACCCAAACCUCCCUGAAUAUUUCUCAUCCCCAGUCAUUUGCAAAUGGUUUCCUGCCAAGUAGAACACUUUGGUGGGGAGUGCAAAGUUGGGGUUUUUUUUGCACUCUUUAAAUAUUUAUAUAAUCCAACCAGGAAACGUGCAAAAGUCAGACUGGGGCUCUGAUUUGCUGCUAUGAUUUAAUAUUCUUUAGAAAGAGCAUUUAAAUAAACAGUGGGCUGUAAUUGCUCUCAUAAUUCACUGUAUCUGCAAUAAACACCAUGUAGAUUACCA